GGGCGGACAUCUUUCCAGCACCAGACACCCCGCCCCCUUGGACAUGUCUGACCCUGGACCCAUUUCCCUGCGCCUAUGCAAGGUGCUCUGCUCCAAUGGGGGCAGUAUGGAGCUGGGGCAUUUGGCCCGUGCCCUGCAGCUGAGCUCAAAGAAGUUUUCCAAGCUGAUGGAUUUGGAGAAAGGUCGGACCCUGGUGGUCAGAAAUCAGGAUGGCAAUGAGAUGGUGGUAUACACCAGUCAGCUGCGCAUGUGUGCCGACCGGAACCAGGAGUGUACGGGCGACUGCGGGAAACUCCACUUGUGCCGCUUUUUCAUUCUGGGCGGCUGCAGCAGGCCGCGCUGUAAGUUCGACCAUAGCAUCGAUACCGAUAAAGCUGCAAAGGUGUUGAAGAAGCACCAUCUGGACGGAGUGACCAUAACAGAACUGCGCUACCUUCUCUUACAGAAUGACCCCACUCUGCUGCCCGAUGUCUGUUUACAUUACAAUCGUGGGGAGGGUCCUUAUGGCUCCUGCACCUACAAAACCACCUGCAACAAGCUGCACCUUUGCCAGCACCUCCUGCAGGGCGACUGCAAGUUUGGAAGUAAAUGUAAGAGGUCACAUGACCUCAGCGACGACGAUACGGUGCGGAGGAUGACCAAAUGGGGGUUGGCCGCCAGCCUUGUUCCGCAAAUCCUGGAGUUGUACCUGAAUGCCAGUGCCAUAAAAAACAAUGCCAAUGCUACCCCAAUGGCAGAGCCUAAGUCUCCUGUGAGAAAAGACAGGCCAGCAGUCCAGAGAUCUGCCAGUUCUCAGCCCGUGGAAGAGAUUUGUCUCUACUUCAUCUUAAACAGCUGCAGCUUCAAAGAACGAUGUGUGAGGGAUCAUUAUAACCUCCCAUACAGAUGGCAGGUGUGUAUCGAUGAUACCUGGACGGACUUUCCAGACAUAGAGGCGAUUGAGCGCUCCUACUGCGAUCCCAACAGCAGGACUGUAGUGAAGGACCUGAACUAUGACACCAUGAUGCUUAAAUCCCGUAAGGUGAGGCGACUCUCCACUCCGUCUUCUGCCUCCAAACCUCCCCACUUCAUCCUCACCACUGAAUGGCUGUGGUACUGGAAGGACGAAUAUAACAGAUGGAUAGAAUAUGGCCAAGAGAAGGAGGCUCACAGCUCCGCCACCAUAACCAGCAGCGACAUUGAGACGGUCUUCCUGUCUGACGAGAACGCCAGCGUCCAGUUCAAAGCCGGGAAACAAAGCUAUGUGCUCAGUUUUAAAGAGAUGAUGCAGAGGAACGUCCGUUUUGGUACAGAGCGGCCCGUGUGCCGGAGGCCCAAGUUUGUGUCUGCAGAGGAGGUGCCGAAACUGAAGAAGAGGAAGUUGGAGCCGUCCAAAACUGGCGACAAGUCAACCCCGGCACACUGGGAUGAGGGACAGGUUCCCGAGGUUGGGUACAAGCUCGUCCAGCUUCCUGCGUCCUCAGAGGAGUACAAGACGAUACAGACCAUGUUUCAGCGCACAGUUCCCGACACCCAGAUACAGAGCGUCGAGCGCAUCCAGAAUCUGGCACUGUGGGAGGUCUAUCAGUGGCAGAAGGAGCAGAUGAAGAAGCGCGAUGGUGGUAAGGAGGUGGACGAGCGCAAAGUGUUCCAUGGCACCAGCUCCAGUCUGGUCGAUGCCAUCUGCCAACACAACUUCGAUUGGCGCAUCUGUGGGACGCACGGCACAUCGUACGGUAAAGGCAGUUACUUUGCCAGAGAUGCCGCCUACUCGCACCGGUACUGUACUAACGCAAAUUCCGGGCAGUACGUCAUGUUCGUGGCCCGGACCCUGGUGGGCGAUUUCAUCCGCGGCUCGUCCUCUUACCUCCGCCCGCCAGCAAAAUCCCCCUCUGGAUCCAGCUUCUAUGACAGCUGCGUGGACAGCGAGAGCAAUCCCUCCAUAUUUGUCAUCUUCGAGAAGCUCCAGAUCUACCCCGAAUACCUGAUCCGCUACACCGAGAAGCCGGCCGACCUGCAGGCGAUGUUAGCCGCGCUACGCUAUCGGUAGGAGAGGAGGCGGAGUCUGGAGGACUUCCUGCUGUUUUACGCUCAUUGACAUCAUGUCAUAAACGCACGCUUCCAUUUUAGGUUUCAGUAGUUUUGUAUAAAAU